AUGGCAAGCAACAGAGAGAAAAAUCCAGAAAGACGAGAAGAGAGAAAGAUCCCAGUUUUUACCGUACUAAGGAACGGUGCAAUUCUCAAGAAUAUUUUUGUAAUUAACAAGUCCCCAUUACCAUCACCAACAUCAUCAGAGCCGUCUCUUGAAAAUGAAGAGAACCCAGUUCAAGAAACUGAAGAAAUCUUGAGUUUUGGUAGACACCCAGACUGCAAUAUUGUUUUAAAUCACCCUAGCAUUAGCAGAUUCCACCUUCGAAUCAAUUCAAGACCCUUUUCACAGAAGCUGUUUGUCACAGAUUUAUCUUCUGUCCAUGGGACUUGGAUUUCAGGGAAGAAGAUUGAGCCAGGGUUUCGUGUAGAGCUCAAUGAAGGUGAUACAAUAAAGGUUGGUGGCUCAACUAGAGUCUACAGGCUACAUUGGGUCCCUUUGAGCCGCGCAUAUGACAUGGAAACCUCAUUUAUAUCACCAUCAAAUGUGGCAAUGAUUGAAGAUAAGCGAGAGGAGAAUUCAGCGCCUGAAGAAGAAAACGAAGUGAAAAUGUCUCAGGAUGAGAAUUUAUUGGCAACUGAAAGGAAACCUGCCGAAGGGAAAAUGUCUCAGGAUGAAAACUUAUUAUCGGCAACUGAAAGAGAAGCAGUUGAAGAGAAAGGCUCGCUGGGAGUGGCAGGAAAAGAUGAAGAAAGAUAUCAGGCCAUGGAUUCUAUAUCAGUUGAAAAUGAAGAAACUCAGUCUUUGGAUUUAAUUUUACAGGAUGUAGUCUCCUUAUAUUGUCAUGAGAUUUGUGAGUCAGUCGCAAAGAAUGAGAUCUCAUCAGCUGCUUUAAUGCCUGACGAAAGCAUGAAUUCUUUGUUUUAUGAUACAAAGGAAGAUAUAGAAAGCUCAUUAAGCCCCACAACUGUCCAGGGAGUUAUUUCGGAAACCAAGAGUCAGCAAUUUGAUGGACACAACCAGAGCCCUGACUAUUAUUCUGUUCAACAAGAUCUGACAGAUACAGAAACCAAAGAUAGUUUAAGGACCAGAGAAUCCAAUGCUGUGUUUUCUUCCUUGUCUACUGCAAAAGUGGAAGCUCAUUCAGCCUCUGAGACAUUAGAAGCUACAGAAAACGGAAGCUUAUUGAGGAAAGACCGUGAACAGAUGGAUAUUUUUUCUCUUGGGAUAGAAAUGGUGAACUUAUCUUUGCCAGCAAUGGAUCUUCCAGAAAAUGACAGUGAAAAAGUCGGUAAAGAAAAUCAGAUUCCAGAGUAUCUUGAUGAUUUACAGCCAACAUAUGAUGAAGGAAACCAAGAGAUUUUCACUGCAAAUCUGCUGGCGAACCUGAACUCUGCAUGUUUUGAUGAUCAUGCUGCCAUUGAUAUGCUUGAAGCGGGAAACCUGAGUCUUUCAAGGGAUGACCAUGGACAGAGUGAAUAUACUAGCGUCUGUUCUGCACUCCUUGCAGCAGAAUCUGUGAGCUCAUCUUUGCCAGCUGGAGUCCUCUCUGAGAUUGGGGACCAAAAAAAAUGCCAGACCCCAGAAUCUGUCUUCGUUUCAAUUGAAAACUUACAGAGCUCUCAUGUCAGGUCAGAGAAAAAACUGAACUCGUAUGACAUCUGGUCCAGAAGAGGUAAACCCAAUGCUGUUCUUCGGCUUCAAACAAGCAGGAGUAGAGGAAAGAAUAGAGGGGCUGAUACUGAAUUGGACAAUGAGGAGAAUGUUGAGAAUAAAUCGAUCUCAAAGACUCUUUUCCCUGGUUUAGAAGCAGCAGAAGAAAUCCUUACUCCAGGCAAGGAGAAUUACUCCCCAAAUACUCUUCUGCUCAAGUCCUUGAAAAAGAAGGGUGAGCGAGAAGGGGCACAACUUUCCAACUCAUGCAGAUCACCCACUUCAAAAAUUACUUUUAGUCCCAAUACACAGCCAGAAGGAGAGGUGAUUGCCUCUUCAGACAAAGAGAACCAGACACCUAAAGUUCUCCAACAAAGAAAAUCACUGAUAGCGGCUUCAAAGAAUCAAGUGAAAUUCAAACAAGACAUGGUAGUGAAGGAGAGUGGGGAGGAAAGAGUUCCAUUACAAUCUUUACUAGUGAAUUUCUCAGGAACAAGCAUUUCUGAAGUUUCAGUCCCUAAUGAUGCUACAAGAAGCAGUGCUUCUUUUAAGUGUUCUCAAACUAGGCAGAAGAGCAACUUCGCUGCAGAUGGAAAGAGAAGAUGGACUGUGGUAGCAGAUACCGUUUCUCUUCUGGACACGGAGUCAAGGAAGUCAUUAGAGCUUUUACAAGGCCUCAAGGGAACUCAUUUAGUCAUUCCAAAAUUGGUCAUAAGGAAAUUAGAUUGUUUAAAGCGUCGUGGUAGCUUGUUCAGAAGAAAAACGGAGGCAUCAUUGGUGUUAGAAUGGAUAGAAGAGUGUAUGGUGAGAACACCAUGGUGGAUUCAUGUCCAGAGCUCACUGGAGGAGGGAAGGCAAAUAGCACCAACCCCGCCUGCUUCUCCGCAUUCACGAUUCAGUCAGGGAAGCGAGGGGUUACCGUGUGGAAGUUUGCUAGAAAUUGUUUCACCAACAUCGGAAGACCAUAUCCUUGAAUAUGCUCUUUCCUACAGGAAAAUGUAUAGAGAUGGACAGUUCAUCCUUCUCAGUAAUGACGUAACCUUGAAGAUCAAGGCCAUGGCAGAGGGGUUGAUUUGUGAGACAGCCAAGGAAUUUCGUGACAGUCUGGUGAACCCAUUCUCUGAGAGGUUCUUGUGGGCUGACAGCUCUCCUAGAGGACAUACUUGGUCUGUCUUGGACGAUUUAGUUUUGAAGGAAAGGUAUUACCGAAGCCCUUCAAAGAAAUCAUCAAAAGGAGAAGGUGCAAAGGGCUUGAAGCUCAUUCUGCUCCACAAUUCUCAGUAUGGGCAGAUUAAUCAGUCAGAACAAUGUAGUUUGUUCAGUUAG